AUGGGAAUAAUCUUAGAUGGCCUCAGUCCAGGCAACCAUGGCGACAACGACCAAAACUCACGACGAAAGAGAGUGAGGAUUUCUGAAUCAGGGAGCUAUGUUUUUAGAAACCACAGUCAAACAGAGAUACAAAGCGAAAAUGACACCUCCGAUGCCAGCAAUGAAGACUCCGAUGCUCCCAUCCACCACCAGCACCCACAAAAUACAUACCACGGCCAGAACAACCAGCUAGACAGCACUCAUGAAGCACGUCCGAUGGAGGGCACUGAUGAAAGCACUACCAACAUAGACAAUGUUGAUAAUGCCAAUGAAACAAGUGGAGUCGAUGUAGAUGAUACAGUGUUGACCUUGUCAAGUGAAUUGAGAGGAAGGCCACUAAGAAGAUCAAAUGCUAUAAGACUUUCUAUCGGUUCCAAUAGCGAUCGACUCUCCAUAUUUUCUGCUAAUUUGAACGACUUUCAUAACAGUCACGACAAUGAUGAUAAUAAUAACAACACCAAUACCAAUACCAAUACCAAUACUAAUACCAAUACCAAUAUCAAUAACGAAAAUACCGCUACUAAUGAUAACCAACCUGAAAAUAAUCACAGUAAUCCAAUUGUUGAUAAUACUGGUUUGAGAACCCCACCGAUAAUCAAUUAUCCACCAACAACUCCAACUUCUCAAUCAAUUAAUCAUUCCUCAGCGAAUAGAUUACCUUUGACUCAAUUACAACGACAGCAACAAAAUUCCCCAUCCCCAAGAAACAACAACACUAACCAUAUCAGUAACAUCAAUCUAGAUCAUCUAAAUAAUAUCCCUUUUCCUAUAGACUCGAUGAUAAGAUCGAGCCGCUUAUCAAGAAGAAGGCGUAGAAGAAGAGGAAGAUCUUCAAAUACGCCAUCCUCAAAUAACAGUAACAAUAACAGUAACAGUAACAGUAACAGUAACAGUAACAGUAACAACGAUGAUAACAAUAAUAAUAAUAACAAUAAUAACAAUAAUAAUGAUAAUAAUGAUAACAAUUACGAUGAUGAUUUUUUGAUUACCAAUAAUAUAGAUCCAGCUAAUCAAAAUGAUCAGGAAGUCAUAGACAAUACCAAUACCAAUAAUACCAAUAAUAAUUAUGAUGACGAACCCUUUUUGGGUCCAGAAAUUGGCGAGGGAGAUUACGAUUACGAUUUUUAUCAUUCUCGUUAUCUAUCAAGAUCAAAUUCAAGACACUCCUCAAGACACUCCUCAAGACACUCCUCUAGACAUUCUUCUAGGCACUCUUCUAGACACUCUUCAAGAUCAAGUUCAGCAACAAGACCUCAUUUAAUUUCGAGUGCUGCUUUACCUCAAACUGUUGGCGAAGUAAUCAAUAACCUAAAUCCAAUCAAUAAUAUCUCCGAAUUAACUCAGGUUGAUAACUAUCGAAGAACUCUAAUGAAUACAUACAUAAAUUCUUCAAGAUAUAAUACCGAUGAUCCAUUUGAUGACAACGAUAUCAAUGACAAUGAAAACUAUGAAAAUAACAACAAUAAUAACACUAAUGAAAACAACAAUAUUAAUUAUCAUAGUGAUAAUACUUAUAAUCGUUCGAAUAGCUUUAAUCGAAGAAGAACUUCAAUUAACGGUUAUGCAACCGACAACUCGGUAUCAUCAGUCUCUUCCUUUCCCAGAAUUUCCUUAUUAAAUUCUUCUAUCAAUCCAAGCACUGAUAUAAAUACUGCAUCUAACAUUGUAUCUAAUCCCAACACAAGCAAUAAUACCAAUAAUAACAAUGGGGAUAGUACUAAUAGUACUAAUAAUACCACCAAUAACAACACUGAUAAUAGUAAUUCUAAUGGAACUACAAGAAGGGGAAUAUUAUCCAGAAGAUCGUCAAGAUCAUCAGUUAAUUCAUUCAGUAGAUCGGGAUCCCCUUUGAUUAGAAGAAUGAAUACACUCUUUGACUUAAGAGGCAUCUAUAACGAUUAUGAAGAUCAUGAGAAUUCCACCAAUAAUGAAAAUUCCAUUAGAAACGAUACAAUUAGAAAUGGCUCAACUGAUAAUACAAACAUUAAUAACGCUAUUACUAAUAGUGAUACUGCUAAUAAUACUGCUAAUAAUACUGCUAAUAAUACUGCUAAUAAUACUGCUAAUAACGCUAUUAAUAAUACUAAUAAUACUAAUAAUAAUGCUGCUGCUGUUGCUGCUACUAUUACCACUACUACUAAUAAUAAUAGAAUUACAAGAGAAAAUAGAUCAGUUAACUCAACAAGCGGACCCCAUGUAAGCUUCGUGUAUGAUAUUAAUGAGAACUCAAGUGAUAGUUCAAUAAAUGAAAAUGAUAACGAAGAUGAGUCCAGACACAGGUCCAUUAGAUUUGGCAGAAUACAUUAUUAUCGUUUUUCAAAUUUUGAUGAGACUUUACCUAAUAAUAAUAGCAAUGAUAACAACAAUAACAAUAACAAUGACAAUAACAAUGAUAAUAACAAUGAUAGCAAUAAUGAUCACAACAAUGAGAAUACAGAUAAUAUCCGCAUCCCAAGUUUUUCAAUUCCAAACCCAAUUGAAAAUCUAAAUUUAAAUUCACAUACAAGCGUAUCAGCACAAUUUCACUAUCCAACAAUAGCAAGAAACUCUGCUUUUUCUUACGUUCCUUUAAACACAACUGCAAAUGUUGAAAUGGGAUCAAAUUCUACAGGUGUUUCAACUGGCGGCUCCACUCCAAUUUCUACAUCGACAUUUAUUUCUACAUGUACAAGUGAAAAUGAUGGGAUGUAUAGUGAGAAUAGCAAAAAUUCAAAAUUUAAUGCCAGUGAAAAUGAUAGCCAAGAAGAUUUUGAUAUUAAUGAAAUAAUGGAAAUGGCCAAGAAGAUUUCAAUAGAAAAAUACCACAGAAGUCUUUCUUCGGGAGUUUCUAGGUUGCAUUUGAAGGAUUUAUGA